UAAUAAAUAGUAAACAAUGAAGUUAAUUAUUUUAUUACUAGUUUCUUGCAGUUGCCAUUUAAAUUUUGUUUUUUGCAAUGAUGUUUACACGGAUUAUGAUGAUUUUAUGCCGGGUGAUGGCGGAAAAAUAGUUGGCGGUACAAAAGCCCAAAUUAUAAACUUCCCUUAUCAAGUCUCUUUGCGCAUCAAUGGUGUGCACGCUUGUGGUGGUGCUAUUGUUAGUAUAAAAUACGUUGUCACAGCAGGGCACUGCGUUUAUGGACUUUCAGCUAGCAGCCUAAAAGUAUACGUAGGUUCAUCAAGCCGUACGUACGGUGGACAAACCUACAGGGUCGUAAAAAUUAGUAAACAUCCAAUGUUUGAUUUACAUAAUUUAAACUACGACAUUGCUGUGCUUGAAGUGCGACCAAUGAAACUCAGCAACGCAGUUAAACCCAUCAGUAUAACUUCAUUAACCAGUAUCGAUGAAGGCAUGAUUGGUACUGUCAGUGGAUGGGGAUAUCAACACGAAAAUGGAGCAUCAGCAGCCAAUGAUCUACAAAGCCUAGAAGUACCGAUACUAUCAAGAGAUUACUGUAAAAACGUUUAUAAAAUGUAUUUAUAUUCGGAUGUUAUGUUUUGUGCUGGAUUCAAAGAUGGAAACAAAGAUGCCUGUCAAGGAGACUCUGGUGGCCCCAUCGUAAUAGACAAUGAACUGGCAGGUGUUAUAUCUUGGGGAGUAGGUUGCGCAAGAGCUGAUAAUCCAGGUGUGUACACUAACAUCCCCAACCCAUCAAUUAGAAACUUUAUAAGACAAAUUACAAGUUUAUAAUUUAACAAACUGAUAAAUAUAAUUGUUUUAAAGUUG